CAUCUUUUCUUUUUUAGCGGGACCUCGCAGCGUUGAAGUCGACUUCAUUAAAGUUAGAGGGUCGGCAUCCAUCUUUAAUGAUGAAACACCAUCAACCAGCUAAUAAAUCAAGGAGUCUAUUCAACAAGUAAAUUACAGACAUAUGAUGCAAGAAACUAACUUAUAAUGAUCUGGUCAGACAAAUGGAUACAUUUGGCAAUACAUUCAUUUAACAACAUACAUAUGCAACCAAUUCUCUUUUCUUUUAAGAAAGAGAAGCCUAACUCCUUCCUAAAAUGUCAGUUAAUCACCUAAUCAUAAUCAAUCAUCCUGUUUCCUCUUCUUUAAUCCUUCAUUAAUGAAACGUUCAAUCUUCUCUUUGCCUGUCUUUCUCCUUCAUGCACUUCUUUUGUUUCUUCUACCAAUGAUGAUAGAAAGCGACAAUUUGAUAGAAAAAACUUGUAAGAAGACACCCUAUUAUGAUCUCUGUGUCUCGUCUCUUCAAUCUAACCCUCAAAGCUCUAACACAGAUGUUAGGGGUCUAGCUUCUAUAAUGGGUAAUAUCACCCUGUCUGAUGCAACUAAUACGCUAAAUUACAUACAAGAGCUAAUCAACCAGACCACAGACCCUGAGCUAGAACGGCCCUUGACCCACUGUGCAGAACUGUACAUAUCUGUUGUCGAUUACAUUCUUCCCCAAGCUAUGGAAGCCUUAGCAAAUGGUCACUAUGGUUUCGCUAAGUAUGGGAUAUCGGAUGCUGGAGAAGAAGCUCAUUCAUGUGAGAAGAAAACCUCAGGGCUGAAAUUACCCUUAACUGAAAUGAACAAAGUUAUGCAGAAUCUCCAUGAUAUAGCUGUAGCCAUCAUCAAUACAUUGCUGAAUGGUUGAUCAGGUUCUCACUUCUCAGUUCCCUCUUUUCUUGCAAUUCUCAUGUUCAAUAAGAAAAAUUCAAGUGAUUCUUCUACAGUCAAUUCUGUGUCCCUAAUAUCAGCUUCGCCGUUUUAUAUAUGCACUAAAAGUUUUGUUAUCUACAUGCAACUUCUCAAGUCUUGCAUUUCAUGGUACACAAG